AUGCUUAAAAGCAGUACAAAAGUGAACAUUGUUAAAAGAAAUACUAGAAAUACAUCCGAACCGUCAUCUUCAGCUACAUCUACUACUUCCAAAAAGAAAUUUAAAUUCAAUGUAACUGAAUUUAAGUAUGACGUAAUUAGAAAGUAUCAGACAUGUGUUGAAAAUAAUUUGAAGCCUUGGAUUGUUUUAAUAGAUGAUGCUGAAGUAGACAUAUGCUUUGAUGUAGAUGAAUUUGUAGAAAUGACAAAGUUUAAGAAUCAAUGGUUUCUUCCUUCAAACAAUAUCAAAUGUUAUAUAGAUGAUUUGAUUAAAUCUAGCAAGACAUCUAGUACAAGGCUUUUAGAAAGCAUACAAUCUGAAGAUGAGAUUUUACAAGUGGCUUCACUAGGAGAACUUCACCAAUUGUUUGCUAAAAUUUGGAGGAAAGAACAAUAUGAUAAUAGAACUGAUGGUGAUAACACCAUUUUCGAACCUACAUUCUCACAUGAUGUAAUUGAUAAAAUAAUGUUCUGUUGUGUUCAAGAUAUAGAUAAAAAAGAACAAGCAGAAGAUGGAAAUAUCAAUUAUGAGACACAUUUGAGUUAUGAUCAAUGGGUAAAUUCAUUAGAUAAUAAAUCUAAGUCAGAGAUGAAGCAAAACAGUCGUCGAAUCCCAGACUGUAUGAGUAUUAUAAAAGUUGGGUCAGAUGAGUAUGAGUUUCUUUAUAAUGAGAUUAGUGGUCCACCCUAUAAUAUUGAUCAAAAAAAAGUCGAAAGAGAUAGAAGAAAAUUAAUAAGAUACAUGAGGAGAAAUAAGGAAGGUCAAAUUAGCAAAUUUUUGAAAAACUUUGGAACUUCAUUAAAACUUUUAAUGUAUGAAAAUCAAGAUUUCUUGUCUUGCGUAUACACUUUAUUUGAAGUCAAGAUACUGAUUGAAUCCUACUCAACUAUUGAUGAAAAAAGAAAUUUUUUCCUUGCUUACUCAAUGUUAAUAAAAAUUGUAAUUUAUGCAGUAAGGAAAUUUGAAGAAAUUGAAGUUGAAUUGGAAAAAAAUCGUAGCAUUUUCAACACAAAUAUUACUACUAAAUUAAAUAGAGAAAUCUAUGCUGAAGUAGAUAUUUUUCCUUCACCAUAG